AUGGCUUCCGUCAACGACGCCACGGGCAAAGACCCUGCGACGGUCGCCAAAGCCUCGUCUGAUUCCUCGUCCACCGAGCAGACACCCCGCCGCCGCUUCUUCCAAUGGCAUGAGCCGGGCACCAGCAAGGCCGAGAAAUGGCUCAUCUUCAAACUUGAUUGGUUCCUCCUCAGUUUCAGCUGUCUAUGCUUUUUCGUGAAGCAGCUCGAUCAGAACAACGUCACGAAUGCGUACGCCUCUGGUCUGGCGGCGGAUCUGGGCUUCGGCCCGGGCAACGAACUCAGCUGGAUGAACACCUAUUUCAACGCCGCCGUGAUUAUCGGUGGUCCAUUCUCGAAUCUUAUCUUGACUGUCGUCCGGCCCCGGUUUUGGCUGCCGUUCUGCCUUUUCACGUGGUCGUUCUUCGUCCUCUUCUUGUACAAGUGCACCAGCGCGCACCAGUUUUAUGCUCUGCGCUUCUGUAUCGGUCUCUUUGAGUCCGCGGCAUGGCCAGGCGUCCAGUACGUGCUGGGCUGUUGGUACACGAAAUCCGAGAUUGCCCGACGGAGUGGUCUCUUCGUCAUGUCUGGUGUUUUGGGCCAGAUGUUUUCCGGGUACCUCCAGUCAGCUCUAUACAGCGGAAUGGAGGGCAGAGGCGGAAUGCCUGCUUAUCGCUGGCUUUUUAUCUUCGAUUUUAUUAUAGCGGUUCCGGUUGCUAUCUAUGGUCUUAUAUUCUAUCCGGAUACGCCGGAGACUACAACAGCAUUUUACCUCAAUGAGUGGGAACGGAAACGGGCGAUCGAACGCAUGGAGCAAGACGGCCGCGCGCCCAAGAUGAAGUUCGACUGGAGUAUCAUUCGCCGGAUUCUGGGCGCCUGGCAGCUCUAUGUUUUUGCCAUUGCAUACAGUCUUUGGACGCUCACGUGUGGAUCGUAUGUGAUGCAGUACUUUACGCUUUGGCUGAAGGCAACAGGCGACUACUCGAUUCCGCAGAUCAACAGCAUUCCGACAUCGCUUGGAGCGGUCAACUUUGUCUUUAUGAUGUCGACGGGGUACGCUAUCGAUAUGCUUGGGCCGAAACGGCGAGGCGCCGUCUGCGCGGCCGUUGGCUGUCUCUUGAUAUUCUGCUACGCGGUCAUGGUAGUGUGGGAUGUUCCGGACAGACUGAAGAUGGCAGCGUUCAUCCUUGCGGGCUGUUACGGCUGCUACACCCCAAUUCUUGCUGGAUGGUGCAACUCGGUGUGCGGAGGGGAUCAGCAGCUCAGGGCGUUCGUGCUAGCGUUCAUGGUCUCGCUCGGACAGGCGGUGGUUAUUCCGUUCCAGCAGCUGCAGUUUCCCAGUGGGCAGGCGCCGGAGUUCAAGGAGACACAUGGGUGGCCGAGUGGACUGGCGUUUGUGAUAUCAUUGACGAUUUUCACUGGAGUUGGCAUCGAUGCAUCGCAGAGGAUUGCUGAACGAUGGAACAAGCGAGGGACUGAAAACAGCGAUGUAGAGGUAUAA